GCUUCUACGGCAUCCAUGCAUUUUCUACGUUUCAAAUCGGUACAAGAUAUAUACAGUGGUUCUCAGAGAAGGGUAUACGGGAUCAACAUUGCUAGAUAAGGACCCCUUGGUGAUUGUUAAGGAUAAGUUUGGGGAGUUGAUGCAGGAGGGGCUUCAUGAAUAUAACAGGAGGCGGAAUCAGGUUAAUCUUGAGAAAAGGAGAAGGAAAGGUCAAAUUUUUUUGAAACACAAAAAAGAGGACGUGCAAGAAAACGAGAGUGAGUCGUUGAGCCUUGACAGCGUGGAGAAGAGAGAGGAGAGGAGGAGAUUUUAUAGAGUACUUUUUGAUGAAAAUCCAUGAGAAGGCUUCAGCAGGUCGAAUUUUUUCAGGAACCAGUUCUUCCAUUGAUCGCUUGACUGAUUGAUCUGCACAUUGUUCCCUCGGAGGUGAACUUCCCUGGAAUGAUGAUUAGGCCAUUGUAGCUUAGGUUUGAUGAUCCAGGAUUUUUUAUUUUUGGUGGUAUUAUGUGCUUAUUAUUGCAGGAAUCUUAGCCCGGUGCAUCUUGGAUGGUUGAGAGUAGAAAUUACUAUGUGCGGAGACCAGGUGCAGAACGCCGUUCAGAGACCAAUCAGAAUGCGUCAUGUUAGCGGUAUCAAACUGUAGUACUGAGGUGUAUAGAGCAAUACCGA